AUUGGGUCCUCACUUGGAUCACAGGCUUAUGAAACAGCAACCGAUUCCAUGUGUUACUCAGCUCCAGAAUUUGGACAACCUGGAUUUGAUAUUGAUAUUACAAAGUGCGACACUUAUGGCUUUGGAGUAUUGCUAUUGGAGCUCCUGACUGGAAAGAAACCACAUGACAGUUCAACGGCAGGAGAUCGGCAGUGUCCGGUAAGGUGGGCUGGUAGCCGCUUGCAUGAUAUUGAAUCUCUUAAUGGAAUGGUCGAUCCUGCAAUCAAGGGCCAAUGCACCUCCAAGUGUUUGUCCCAAUUUGCAGAUGCCAUCAGCUGUUGUAUUCAGCCCCAGCCAGAAUUCAGACCUCCAAUGUCUCAGGUUACUGAAAUGCUGGUUUGUGUGCUUCACCGAACAGAAUCCAGCGGACAUGACUGAGAUGAGAUGCCUUUCAUGUCUUCAUUCCAGAUAGCCCCAAUUGAUACACCAUGUAAGCAAUU